AUGAGCCGUCGAAAGGGCUCGUGGAAAUGUUGUGGGAAGAUGCUGCUGUUGUCCUUCCUUGCCUGGGGCAUCGCGGCUUGCACUGGGCCUUGGUGGUGGAAGAAAGGAAGGCCUCGCGCGGUACAUCGCAGCACGGCAGAGGUGGAGCUGUUGUCUCACCUGGCGGUGCUCGUGAUGCCGGAGAAACCCAUUCAGGAGCUCUUCCGGGACUUUCCGGUGGAGCCUUCAGAGACAUGGGGCUCACGCUGGCUCUGCCCGGAUCUGUCCACGUAUGGCGUGUUGAGAAAGGAAGGUGCUGCUUUGUUUGUGGAGUAUGAUGGGCACUACCGGCACUGUGACGAACAGGGCUGCAAAGCUGAUGCACGAAAAACGGAAGCUCUGCUGAGAUACGCGCCGGAGGGUUCGCGAGUACUGCGACUUGGCCACUCCGCCCGUGAGUUCGGAGGCUUGGAUGGCCGGUUGGAGGUGUUAGUGGAUGUUUGGCGCGCAGGCCACAAACCGUCGCUGUUGAAAGCUGUUGUCCAGACAGUGCAGGCCGUGUUGAGGGAGCUGAAAGACGAAAUGCUUCCGGAAGUUUACGAGCGACUACGACUCUUCGAAGCCGACGAAGGAAGCCAUGCCUUUCACAAGUCACACGAGUUUGUGUGCAAGGCUGUCCUCACCACCGACAAGGAGGCCAAGCGUGCAAACAUGCAGACGUUUCUUCAAGCAGAGCUACCUUCAGUGGAUACAGAACUUCUUGCUCGUAAAUUUCCGGCUAUAUGGGGUUGCAGCAUCAAGACCAGAAUGAAGCCCACAUUGGCGUGGCUUGAAGAUGUGGGCCUGAACCACGGGCGAGUGGCUAAAGUUAUUGCGAUGUUUCCUUCUGUGUUGGGCCUCAGCAUCGACGGGAAUAUGAAACCUACUGUUGCGUGGCUUGAAGAUGUGGGACUGAGCCAACCGCAAGCCAAUCUUAAACCUACCGUUGCGUGGUUUGAAGAUGUGGGACUGAGCCAACCGCAAGUGGCCAAAGUCAUAGCUGCUAAGCCUCAAGUUUUGGGCCUCAGCAUCGAGGCCAAUCUUAAACCUACCGUUGCGUGGUUUGAAGAUGUGGGACUGAGCCAACCGCAAGUGGCCAAAGUCAUAGCUGCUAAGCCUCAAGUUUUGGGCCUCAGCAUCGAGGCCAAUCUUAAACCUACCGUUGCGUGGUUUGAAGAUGUGGGACUGAGCCAACCGCAAGUGGCCAAAGUCAUAGCUGCUAAGCCUCAAGUUUUGGGCCUCAGCAUCGAGGCCAAUCUUAAACCUACCGUUGCGUGGUUUGAAGAUGUGGGACUGAGCCAACCGCAAGUGGCCAAAGUCAUAGCUGUAAUGCCUUCAGUCUUGGGCCUCAGCAUCGAGGCGAAUCUUAAACCUACUGUCGCGUGGCUUGAAGUUGUGGGACUGAGCCAACCGCAAGUGGCCAAAGUCAUAGCUGCAAUGCCUCAAGUUUUGGGCCUCAGCAUCGAGGCGAAUCUGAAACCUACCGUUGCGUGGCUUGAAGAUGUGGGACUGAGCCAACCGCAAGUGGCUAAAGUCGUAGCUGCAAGCCCUGCAGUUUUGGGCCUCAGCAUCGAGGCGAAUCUGAAACCUACCGUUGCGUGGCUUGAAGAUGUGGGACUGAGCCAACCGAAAGUGGCUAAAGUCAUAGCUGCAAUGCCUCAAGUUUUGGGAUGCAGCAUCGAGGCCAAUCUUAAGCCUACCGUCGCGUGGCUUCAAGAUGUGGGACUGAGCCAACCGCAAGUGGCUAGAGUGAUUGCAGCGUUUCCCAUGCUCCUUGGCUACAGUGUCCGGGGCAACUUGUGGCCCAAGCUGCGGUUUCUGCAAGAUUCCUUCUCAUCUAGCGAGGUUUGUGCCAUGAUUGUAUACCACCCUCCGAUGCUCGGCUACAGCUUCGCUCGUUUGCGUCAUCGUUUGCAUGUUCUACAAAGGAAUAGCUGCUCCAGGAAGCUUGCCAAAGUCAUGUCAUUGACGGACACGCACUUUGAGCGGCGGAGUCGGAAUGAUUGGGGCAAAGGCAAAGCCAUCGCCCCGGCCAUGAUCACGACGGAGAACGCUCCCGUCUGCCCGCCGGAGCAGAGGGAGCUGCCGGGGCCGCGAAGCGGCUUUGGAGCCGGGCUCAACCGUCACGAGGAGAAUCACGACCAGCGCUUCUUCAGCACCACCAGCGAAGAGUUCUACGGCCAGGGCAGCCGCAAGAAGGAGAAGGUGGAUGCAGCAGCAGUGCCGCAUUCGGCAGGGCUGGGCACGGAGCACGAGGAGGGCCGAGUGAGGGGCAUGAAAGUCGGUGUCCUCUGCGGCGAGGCCUACAAUGACGCCAACAAUCCAGCCUCCAAUACCCGGACUCAGCGUUCCUGGUUGUACCAGCAUGACCCAUCGCUGAAGAAUCUCCACCACGGCGGUCGCAAGAAUGACCUGCCUGGUAAAGACAACGAGCUGUCCAUCCCCAUCGGACAGGGCGCGAUGGCAAAAGUCCGGGCAGACCUCAAGGCGCGGCAAGGUCGCUUAUACAGAGUAGCCACGCUCAUCACGAAGGGCAACCAUCACAGGCCUGGUGUUUCGAUCUUCCAAGACGACGUUCUUGGGGUCACCUGUUGA